AUGGUCGCCUACGAUGUUCUUCGAAGCACAGCUCUCGCAUUCAUUACUUCGCUUUCUCUCAUGCCCAACACUACAACCACAGAUGAAGUCCGCUUCGACAUGAACAAAAUCCGCGCCGCCCGCGCCUCGAACUACACUCAUACUUUCGGCCACAACUACUUCGUUUCUCAAACCCCACCUAUGCAAGGCACGUCUGAUCUCGAUGGUUUCAUGACGCGCGUGGCAUCGAUGACGCUCAAGUUGGAGAGCGAAACAAAUGAAGUGAAAGCCGUGGCAGUUGACGAGGUACAAGGAUCUGUGGUAGCAAGGGUAUCAUACCAGAUGAAGGCGCCAGGGCAGGACCCUGUGGAGAAUGAUCUGGUGUGGUGGCUUUGGAUGACUGCGGAGGGAACGAAGGUCGAAAGGAGCAUGGAGUUUGUGGACCCUGUGGCGACGAAAGAGUUACAGAACAGAAUGGCUGCAUCGGCUUCUGCAGGAGCGAAGUGCUAG